GGUCAAAGCCAGCCGAGGAGCGCAGAGGCUAACGCUGGAUAGCGUGUGAUGUCCUGACCUUCCUGGGGGGGGUGCUGACGGCUCUCCUAUCAGUGGUGGGGGUGGGAGGGGGGUGCAGAGCCUCUGUUGCUUCCAGAAAAAAGAAAAAACUGAACCUGGUUUUCACCUGUUGGAGGAUCCGCUACUUGAACGCUUCAUCAUGCUGCGCUCCUUCUCACUUUGGGGAACUUUAAACUUAUCAAAGGGGCAAAAUUCCUCUCAUUUAUCUCCAAUUUUACUUGCAUAAACAAUUUAUGUAAGGGUCAGUGUUCCUGUGCCAAAGUUCGGCCUGCGUAAUUGCUCCCUAAUCGCUUUAUUGUUGUUUCAGCUUCAAUGCGUUUCUGCUCCACAUUUCUAUCUCUGAGCUAACGCUUCUCUGGAAUUCCAGCAGCUGGUGCAGCUUUUGUGUUUUCCUGACUCAACCCUGCCUCGUGCAUGACGCUGCUGUGUUGUGCUGCAGUGAGAAGGAGGCGGGGACUCUGAAGUGGGAGGGGCAUGAGCGAGCAUGGUUGUGCUUAAGUAGAUGUUCUGGCGCUGAGUUGAGCAGAAAGCACCUGUUGCUGCCUCAACACCCAGGACUAGAAAGAAGUUUGUUUUUUUAAUUAACACUCAUCAGAACUUUUCAGAGAUGGAAUCAUUCACAAUCAGGAUGCUGACUCUGUUCAUCAUCUGCUGGACUCUAAAUACUGGCUUUGGACUUCCUCUAUUGGAUAAUCCAGAGAAACGGGAUGAUUCUCCGCAUCCCGCCCACAUCAGGACCAAACGCUGCUCCUGUAACAGCUGGGAUGAUAAAGAGUGCAUCUACUUCUGCCAUCUGGACAUCAUCUGGGUCAACACCCCAGAUAAAAUCCUUCCAUAUGGUUUGGGGGACCCCCGCUCUCGGCGCCGCCGAUCAGUCAACAGAUGCGAAUGCCUUGAUUCCGCCGACAAAAGCUGUCGAGGCUUCUGCCAGCAAAGAACUGACACUAUGGGUCCAGUGACAAAACCUGAACACAGAAACAGCCAUAAAUUCCUCGCAUUCUUAAGAUCUGUGAUCAAGACCAACACAAAGAUCGUGAAAGGCUAUCAGUCAAUGAAGAACCCUUCAAGACACCAAAAGCUUAAGAACCAAACGAGGAGGUAACAACACCAAGAAGACGUUCGAUCUGCCUCCAUUCCUCCUCCAGCAUCCAAGGAUGGACUUCAAGACAACAAAAGACUGAAUUGGCAAAGCAAAGCUGGAAGAAUUUGUCUCCAAGGAUCUUAAAAGAUGGGUGCAAAACUUCAAUGAAGGCUGAAAUGUCCAGACGUCCAUGUGACUGUUGAGGAACUUCCCUGCAUUGUCAAACCCUUCAUCUACAGUCUGGGAUGACAUUUUUAAUAUUUCUCUGUAUCAGAGAUUGAUUCUGCUGUUCUGCUUAACAUUUAAGGCAAUGUAGCUGUUUCGCAUUAUCAGGCAGUACUUGAAAGUGGCAGCUUAUUCCCUCCUGACACACCUUUUUCAGGGGAAAUUUACCCCUUGAGAUUUUUGCGAUAAACGGUUAUCUCCUUCAGGUUCAAGAUACUUUCUGUUUGCAUGGCAACAGCAAUAAAAGCAGGUUUGUUUUGAAGCCUGCAUGGCAUUAAGCUCCCACGACACUGAAGAUAAGACAGAAGUUUCACUGAUACGCUACUCGUCAGACUCUGUUUUUCACUCUGCACUACCAAACCAAAUGACCUGCAUUGUUUUUCACUGAAUCAUUUCAGUUGUGAAGCGUCUGACUUGAAUGUGCUCAUUAUUAGUGUUAAAUCGAAUUGUAACUUCAAGAAUCCUCAGAAAUCUCUGUGCUGUAUAUCAUUAAUAGUUUACAACCUUUAAAGUUUACUAGAGACUAAAGGAUUGUAGUCAUUUUAAAUAGAAAUGCUUAUUUAUUUCAUAACUUAUUCAGAGAUGUAUUUAUGUUUAUAAAGUGAAGCCCUGAAUUUUGUAAAAGAAAAUAGAAUAAAAUUCUUUCAAGUAUUUUUUUUUUCUUGGACGGUGCUUUGAUUUCGUUUGAAAAGUUUCCCACCAAACCUUUAGCUGUGAACGACGAUUUGAAGCAAACACGGCAGUAUUUGAACCUUUUUGAGCAGAUAAGAGAGUUUGUUUGCAUUCUCUUGCUAACGCCAGCAUGAAAACAACCAGUUUGUGAUCAACAGAGACGGGAAGAAAUAGCAAAUGUUCUACUUUUCAGUUCAUUCUCCAAAAAAAAAAAAACAAUAAUAAUAAUAACAAAAAUAAUAAAAAUCUGCCAAACCUGUAAAUUUGCUGCAACCAUUUACACUUUGACGGCUUCCAUUAGCGGCUAGCAGCAUAUUAGCAUGGCAAAA